CCCCUAGACCAACAGGCCAAUGUGUUUUCUGGUGCAAUUUUCAACGUAUUUCUUGAAACGUAAAUUUAAAAAAUCUUUUUAUUUAUCUUUUCGUAAUUGAAGAGUUACGGUUUCUUUCUUAUCACUUACUAUAAAUAGACGUAGAUUCUUGUUUCUUGAGAAAACCUUUUUAAUAAUUUGAGACGUUGCUGCAGUGCACGCUCAGUACGCACCUUGUACCUACGUUAGUGAUGUCUUCAACUGAGAAAACUAAAAUGGAAUUGGAAAGUUUAGAAAAAUGCUUGGAAGAGAACAUACCAGAAAAUUUGUUGCCAGAUGUUCAAAGAAUUUUGUAUGGAAGAAACUUGCCGUAUGUAUUGCGGAACGCGGCUCAUAGAUUCGACUGACUCUUGUUUGAAGUUAAAAAGGCAAUAAAUAAUCCUAGAAAUCCAUCCAGAUGCAAAAAUCUUGUCCAGUCAUCAUAACUUUGAUAUUCAAGGUUACAGAUUUAAUGCUGCUUCAGAACAGUUACGUGCUCCAAGAAUUGUUCGUGUUGGAAUAAUUCAGAAUAAAAUUAUAUUACCAACAACUGCUCGAUUAGAAGCUCAAAGAGAUAAAUUACAUGAGCUUAUUUCUCAUAUCGCAGAAGCUGCUUUUCACAAUGGUGUCAAUAUUCUCUGUAUGCAAGAAGCUUGGCCAAUGCCGUUUGCUUUCUGUACUCGUGAAAAGCAACCGUGGUGUGAAUUUGCAGAGCGAGCCGAGGAUGGACCAACAACAAAAUUUAUACAGCAGCUAUGCCGAAGAUUCAAUAUGGUUAUAGUAUCACCUAUUCUUGAGCGUGAUGAAAGACACAGUGAUGUUCUAUGGAACACUGCGGUUGUUAUUGACAAUACUGGUCGCAUUUUAGGUAAGCAUCGCAAGAAUCACAUACCAAGAGUAGGUGAUUUCAAUGAAUCUACAUAUUAUAGUGAAGGAAACACAGGGCACCCUGUCUUUGAGACAGCAUUUGGUCGAAUUGCAGUUAAUAUUUGCUAUGGCAGACAUCAUCCUCUGAAUUGGCUGAUGUUUGGAUUAAAUGGAGCAGAAAUCGUAUUUAAUCCAUCGGCCACUGUUGGUGCACUCAGUGAACCUUUAUGGGGCAUUGAAGCUCGCAAUGCUGCCAUCGCAAAUGGUUAUUUCACUUGUGCCAUUAACCGAGUGGGCACAGAAGUAUUUCCUAAUGAGUUCACAUCUGGAGAUGGAAAACAAGCUCAUAAGGAAUUUGGUCAUUUCUAUGGAUCUAGUUAUAUUGCGGCACCUGAUGGAAGCCGGACUCCAGGCCUGUCUCGUACCAAGAAUGGUCUUCUAGUUGCUGAAUUAGAUUUAAAUCUUUGUAGGCAAGUGAAAGAUAUGUGGGGAUUUCAGAUGACUCAGCGGCUUGAUCUGUAUUCCUACUCACUAUCAAGAGCUGCAGAAUUAGACUUUGAACCACAAAUUGUUCGUUGAGAAUACAUUGUUUUGUGAUCAAAUUCUAUGAAAGGGAAGCUUAGAAUUGAUGAAAAAGUGGAAGUUUUUUGUAGUAAAUGGUAAGAGACUGAUUGAAAAGAAUAUUUUUGACUACACAACGACAUUAAAAAAAAUCAGUUCGUAUAUUUUUCAUUUUAUUCCAUUAAAUAUUGAUUUUAUAUGCUAUUGGUUUCAUUUGUAUUUCAUUUUCUUUUAAUUUUAUAUAUGGCUGUAUAAAUUGAUUUUAAUUCAGCAUACUAUCUUAUAUUGUGCCAAAUACUCAUAUUACAUGUGUUUGUUUUUGUGAGCUCUGGAAUUCUUACCCCUACCCAAAAUUAGUUGAAAUAUGAAUAAAAGACAGCUAUGAGUAUUGUUGAUAUCUGUAAACAAUACGUUUUCCCAUGUAAUAGAAACAAUUUAUAUUGAUAAUUGAGCUACAGAUUUGACAAAAUAGUCCUGCCAUAGAAAUAACCAAAUCAUAAAAUAACCACUGCCCUUGCAUUAGCAAAAUGAAUCAACUCAUGAAUCGUGUGGGUGGAUGAUAUUGGUUAUGGUAUUAUAAGAUUUUUUAAAAGAAAUCUUUUGUCAAACAAUUUUCAAUGACUAGGAAAUAUAUUUGAGGUCAUCUGGUUGGUUUUCUGUGAAAUUUAUAAGCUUUUUAUGAAAUUAUUAUUAUCAAAAUGAAAAUAUAUUAUGAUUUGAUAGACAUUUGAUUGCGGUUUAUGUAAAGAUUGUUGGUGUCUAGUUCUGAAAUCUGUUGGUUAUGGUAUUAUAAAAUAUUUCCUUGUGGUAUGGCUAGAAAUAUAGCAUCUUAUUUUGGUCUGUCAUGAAUACUUACAAUUUUAAUGAACUUUAUGUAAGAUAUUUAAUGGCAAGGGGAUGUAUUACUGUAUUAUAAGAUGUGGUUUGGUACAUUGGCAUUAUAAUCAUGCAGAAUAUUUUAUAUUUGGGAAUAUUUUAUUUUAAAACAUUGUAUUGUGUGAAUGUAAAGAAAUAUAUUGAUUGAAAGUUUGCAGAUUUUUUUCUUGUAUACAUUUACUUUCUUAAGUGAAAUACAAAUUUUCUUUUUUUCAUGUAAUUGUGCUUUAUGUAAUAGGUGUUGGUGACUGGUUCGGAAAUAGGUAAAAACGUAAUAAAAACUGAGGAACUAAAAUGAAGAUGCUCCUGGGUUCCGAUACCAAUAUCUUAAAUAUUUGUUAAGAUUAUACCAUGAAGUCUGUGAGACUAAGUUUUUGUAUUAUUUGUAUAUUAGAAUUUAAUAUGGAGUGUUUCUGUAAGAUUUGUUAAUUUUGGUUUGUACACCCAAUGAAUACUAAGAGCAGGUAAUGUUGAAAUCACUGUAUACACGAUGUUACUUUAGGCCAGCAUUAUCGAACAUGUAGAUCAUUAUAUACACAUAUUAACACAUUCAUCCAUUGGCAAUAUGCUGUGAUUGUUAAUAAUUUUGUUGUGUAGCAAGUUGAAUCCAGGUUGAAUCCAUUGGAUUGGUUGACAACGAACAAGUAACGGCGACCUCCCGAUAGAAAACAAAAGAAUGUGCAGGACGAACUUUUUGGCGCGAAACGGUACUGUAAAUAGUGAUGGCCAGACUGGCGAGACAGGCAGUGUGUGAUUACAAGUGAUUGACGUUUCUUUCUUGCGUGUGUUUGUUCCUGAAUAUAGUGUUAUGAAUUAUCAUCUUAAGGAUUAAACCUUAUUCGAAAUGGACGCAAAAUUUUUGUACGUUAUAUUGAAGUAAAUUUCCGAAGUUUGUUAAUUCUUGGUAGUACAUUUUUGUUGGUAGAAGUUCAAGGGAUAUUCAAAACAUUCGAAAAUUUGAAGUCACAUUGUCAAAAGGAUUGGAUUCUUUUAAUAGGUAAGAACUAUAAUUAGGUGAACAUUAUUUUUUAGUGAAAUGUUUGUAAUUUUAGUGAUGUAUAAGAUGGAAAGAAAUGUCAUUCAUUGUCAGUCCGUCAGAUUCAAGACCG